UCUGAUGCCUUGUAUAGAGAGAAAGCGCAUCUAGUUUGACUCGAUUCCUCUCCCUUCUUCUUCCCCUCUCUAUUUAGCGUUCUUAUAUUUCACAUUCCUCUUACGCUUUUUCUCAAGCGUUAGGAAACCCUCUCUGUGAAUUUCUUGUUUGGACGCGAUUGGAGAGAUGACUGUGGAGUUGAUGAUGACUUCGAAGGUCCCUGAAAACGCUAUCAAGGAAGCUGCGGCCGCUGGGAUGCAGAGUGUUGAGCAGGUCCUUAGAUUGCUCUCUCAAACCCAAACCCAUUUGGGACAACAGCAAUACCCAGAUUCGUCUUCAAAGCCAGACCUCAAGAUUGAGGCUGUGGCAGAUGUGGCUGUCAAUAACUUCAAGAAGGUAAUUUCUUUGUUGGGUCGAACCAGAACAGGACAUGCUCGGUUCAGAAGGGCACCUGUAGCUCCUCCUUCUGCACAACAGGCUCAAGAGCCAGGGCCUUCGGGUUCGUUGACUAGUAAUAAUCUUCAAUCAAAUGAACAAAAGGUCUCUGCUUUUAAGGCUUAUCAAUCCACACCGAUUCACCGUCUCCCUCCUCUGCCUCAUAAGUCAUCUACAAAGAAUGGUUUUUUGGAGAGGAAUGAUGCGUCUGCGGCUGCCACCAUUAAAUUCUCGAAUUCUCCACAAAUUUCUGCAACUACUUCUUUUAUGUCUUCCCUAACAGGGGAUACUGAUAGCAAGCAUCAUUCUAUGUCAUCUGGGUUUAAGUUCGCAAACCCGUCUAAUGGAAUGCCUCCUCUGCCUUGUUCAUCGAUGAAGAGAAAGUGUAAUUCCAUGGAUGAUGGUGCUCUCAGAUGUGGAUCUGCUUCUGGGCGCUGUCAUUGCUCCAAGAAAAGGAAAUCAAGAGUUAAAAGAGUUAUUAGAAUUCCUGCAAUAAGUAGCAAAAUGGCUGAUAUUCCUUCAGAUGAGUAUUCUUGGAGAAAGUAUGGACAGAAACCCAUCAAAGGGUCUCCACAUCCAAGGGGAUAUUACAAGUGCAGUAGUGUGAGAGGGUGUCCAGCAAGAAAGCAUGUGGAGCGUGCAUCAGACGAUCCAAUGAUGCUGAUUGUCACAUAUGAAAAUGAUCACAACCACUUCAUCUCCUCUGAUGCACCUGCUGUUCUUGAAUCCUCGUAAAAAGUCAACUCAUCCAACGGUACAUCAUUAAUCUUCCAAAUUCCAAUGAGUGGUGCUCACAAAGUCAAACGUAGAUGCUGAUGUCUCUCUCAAUGUGGAAGAUUUUUAUUUAGAAUAGAACAAAGUGGUAGGAAAGAAUACAAAUAUUUGUGCAUUUGGUGAUGUUACUGAAAUGUUUUUUUAUUGAAAUGUUGUUGUUCUCUCUUGCGCGCUCUCUCUCUCUCCUAGCAUUGUUUAAUAUUCUUAGACUUGGAAA